AUGUCUCCCUUCAGCCCAUGUGAUCCUCUGCACAGUCUCAUCGUUCAACUAUCAGGUCGUGCCUAUUCAUUAAAUCUAGAUGCUGGCCAGGAUUACGACUGCGCUAUUCACGGUGGUAUUCUAUCGGCCCUAUUUGAGGGUGCUGUAGCUGGAAGACUUGCAACAAUAACGAUGAGCCACGAAGAUAUUUACCACUCAGUUAUCAAAGGGAAAGAUCAUAUCGGUGCCGACCCAGAAGACGUUAGGGUAAACCUGCUCACGGAGCAGCUUGAAGAAAUAUUAUCCGGUGUCGUCGCCUUACAUCUUAACCGCAUCUACCCUCAGUGGAAUAGUCGUGCAUUUCAUGGUCUCGUGGAACUCCGCCUAAGAGGCAUGUAUUCAUCGGUCUACAUUAAAGAAGCAGAAUUUGUAGGCAUUCUGCGAUUAAGCCCUGGGCUACGUAUCCUUGAGCUGGGAGUUGAGAUCGACGACCCGCUUCCGACCAAUACGCGAGUGACUGGGGUACCCCUAGAGAGCCUGGAGAUACUCGACCUGUCUGGAACGAGAUGCUAUUGGCAUGCUAUCAUACUCCGGUGGCUCAAUCCCGGGUCAAACCCACUUCAGUUCAAGUUAUAUCGAGGGACAUGCGAGAAUCUGGAGACAAAAAUCAGUCUGGGUCCGUUCUUAUCACGGUCCCACAUCACUAGGGUGUUCGAAACAGGCUUAAAGCUCUUACACAUCCUCGAUCUACUUGAAUUGUGCCCAAAUCUUCAAGAAAUGGUUGUAUCCUGGGUGAACGCUUGUGCAACAGACCCUCUACAAAUAGAAGAUACUGGUCGUAUAAGUUUGACUCGCUUGGAGUGCCUGUAUGUUACUGGCAAAUCGGUUCAGGUAGAGGACAUUAUCGCACUAAUGAAUGUUCCCACAUUCACGGUCAAAACAGCCGUGUUUUACGAUUGCAUCCUCCUUGACGGGGGCAUCCGUAUCCCGAUAGACCAACAACUCUACGGGGUCCCGAAAAUCUCGGGAGCGCUCCGAGACUCGCUAUUGUCGGCGAGCACUCCGGAGCGUCUACUAUGA